AUGCCGAUUUCUGAGGCUUUCGGGGAGCAGCAGGCCACAGCUACAAUGACGACAGAUGUCCGUGUGGCCGGUAUCGAAGACGACGAUGAACAAUUGACUGAUCUCAAACCGCAAGUGCUCAACGCUGAGGCUAAAGCGGCCACGGACGCCGAGCAUGCCCUGAGCCUUGGAGAGGCCAUUAACAAAUUCCCCAAGGCCAUGGCAUGGUCUGUUUUGCUUUCGACCGCCAUUGCAAUGGAAGGGUAUGACAGUGUCUUGGUGAACCAGUUCCUCGCGUUCCCAUCCUUUGUUGAGCGCUACGGCACGAUUGGGGCGGACGGAAAGCCGGCCAUAUCAGCGGCCUGGCAAGCAGGUCUGUCAAAUGGAGCCCGCGUGGGUGAAAUCAUGGGCCUAGCUCUGAAUGGUUGGAUUGCGGAGAUCUUUGGGUUCAAAAGGACGAUGCUAGGUACUCUCGUCCUGCUGACCUUCCUCAUUUUCAUUCCUUUCUUCGCGCAAAAUAUUGCGACUUUGCAAGCGGCUCAAGUCUUGUUGGGCAUUCCAUGGGGUGUCUUUCAGACUUUGACCACGGCUUAUGCUGCCGAGGUCUGCCCGGUAGCUCUUCGAGCCUAUCUCACCAGUUACGUGAACAUGAUGUGGGGAUUGGGACAGCUCAUUGCCUCCGGUGUGCUACGUGGAUUCCUCAGUCGCACCGACCAGUGGGCGUAUCGUAUUCCUUUCGCGCUGCAGUGGUUGUGGCCGGUCCCCCUUAUUAUCGGUAUCUCCUUCGCGCCAGAGUCGCCGUGGUGGUUGGUUCGCCAAAAUCGAAACGAUGAUGCCCGGAAGGCUUUGGCACGAUUGUCGUCCGCAGCCACCGAAGCCGAACUCGAUCAUACCGUUUCGAUGAUGAUUCACACCAACGAGAUGGAGAAGCAGGUUUCAGUUGGAACUACUUACCUGGAUUGCUUCCGGGGGGUCAACCUGCGCCGCACAGAGAUUACAUGCAUCGCCUGGCUGAUCCAGUCCGCAAGUGGCGCGAGUCUCAUGGGUUACGCUGCCUACUUCUUUGAGCAAGCAGGCCUAUCUACUGACGUUUCAUUUGACUUUUCCAUCUCCCUAUAUGCCCUCUCCAUGAUUGGUGUUCUUCUCUCCUGGUUCGCCAUGACAUACCUCGGCCGUCGCACGAUUUACUUAACGGGUCUCAUUGGUCAAUUUGCCAUGCUGAUGGGCAUCGGCUUCGCGAGUCUCGCGUCGAGUGCCACAAACACGGCUCCUUCUUAUGCUAUUGGAAGUCUUCUUCUUGUUUACACCCUGAUCUAUGAUAUCGGCGUCGGCACUGUCGCGUACUCCAUGGUCGCCGAAACCCCAUCGACUCGACUGCGCACCAAAACUAUCGUCCUCGCCCGGAAUCUCUACAAUGUCCAGGGAAUCAUUAAUGGAGUUAUUACACCAUACAUGCUCAAUGAAACUGCUUGGAAUUGGAAAGCAAAGGCCGGAUUCUUCUGGGCGGGCACGAGUUUCCUGUGUUUGGUUUGGACGUUCUUUCGGCUGCCAGAACCGAAAGGACGUACUUAUGGGGAGCUUGAUGUGCUGUUCGAGAACGGAGUCAGUGCCAGAAAGUUCAAGACCACGGUGGUUGAUCCAUUCGCAGUUGAUGGCAGCCAGGCGUUGGAUGUGGCGGUGGUUGGGGAAGAGAAGACUCAGGUUGCUGUUCAGACCGCCGACGCCCCUCGAUCAUGA